CUACGUUGAAUACUCUUCUUUGUGAGCUUUAGAAUAGAAGGUUGUAAUUGGUUGUCGAAUAAAUGCUAUAAAAUAAAUUUUAGUCAUAAAAUUGAUGACGGCCGGCUAUAAUCCCAGCCCAGUGAUUUACUCUUCAGUACAACAGGAAUUAAGCGACUCUUCAGCGAGAACUAGUUCAACAUGUCAGAGUCAACACUCUUCCGUUCGGAAGAGAUGUCACUCGUUCAGCUGUACAUUCCAAGUGAAAUUGCGCAGCCAACAGUGACCGAACUUGGCGAGCUUGGCCUUGUACAAUUCCGAGAUUUGAAUCCUGAUGUCAACGCAUUCCAACGCUCUUUUGUAUCUGAAAUUAGAAGACUGGAUGAGAUGGAACGUCAAUGCCGUUUCUUUGAGAAACAACUGGAAAAAUCAGAGAUAAAUACACGUGCAUUGACGACCGCAACCUAUUACGCUCGUGCUCGGUCUGCCCAAGAAAUCGACGACUUGGAGGAGCGAUUGCGUGAACAUGAAGUCCGCAUUCUGCAGAUGAACAACUCUCACGAGAAACUGCAACGAAAGUACUUGCAGCUUACAGAGCUGCGUCAUGUUCUUAGAGAAACUGCUGUAUUUUUUGAACAGGCUGAAUCGCGCCAAGAUUCGAUUAGAAACCUGUUCGAUAACCAGGAAACUGAUACUGCUCCUCUUCUUGAACGCGACGUUGAACAAGCUAACUUUGAUGGAACCGGUUUGAACCUUGGCUAUGUCACUGGUGUCAUUUCAAAGGACCGCCUACCAACGUUCGAGCGGGUGCUUUGGCGAUCACUCCGUGGAAACUUGUACAUGAAUUCAGCCGAAAUAGAUGAGCCUAUUACAGAUCCUGUUACUGACGAAGUCUUGGAAAAGAAUGUAUUUAUCAUCUUUGCUCACGGACGGGAAAUUAUCAGCAAAAUCAAGAAGAUUUCUGAAAGUCUUGGAGGCACCAUUUACUCUGUUGACGAAUCACCAGACAAGCGACGGGAUGAACUUUUGGAAGUCACAUCUCGCAUAGAAGAUCUUCACAACGUUUUAUCCAACACCAAUCAAACUAGACGCGCCGAGCUUCUCAAGAUUGCAGAGAACCUCACCGCAUGGUUCACCAUUGUUAAGAAGGAGAAGGCUAUAUACCAUGCUAUGAACUUGUUCAACUAUGAUGCCACGCGCAAGUGCCUGAUUGCAGAGGGAUGGUGCGCUACACGCGAUAUCCCUGUUAUUCAGAACGCUUUGCGAACUGCUACAGAAUCGACUGGAUCCAAUGUCUCAUCGAUUCUAACGGAGCUACGAACUCGCAAGAAGCCUCCAACCUUCCAUCGCACUAACAAGUUCACUGAAGGUUUUCAAAGUAUCAUCGAUGCCUAUGGUAUUGCUCGAUACCGUGAGGUCAAUCCUGGUCUUUUCACUCUCAUUACGUUCCCUUUCUUGUUCGCUGUCAUGUUUGGCGAUACUGGUCACGGUUUCUUGAUGUUGAUCUUUGCUUUGUACCUGGUUCUGAACGAAAAGAAGUUGGCAAGACAAGAGCAAGAUGAGAUUUUCAGCAUGUUCUUCUAUGGUCGAUAUAUCAUUCUCCUCAUGGCUAUCUUCUCUCUCUACACUGGUGCAUUGUACAAUGAUGUCUUUUCACAAUCAUUGACCCUCUUCAAGACUGGCUUUGCUUGGCCAUCCAACUUUACUACCGGACAAACAGUUGAAGCUAUUUCUUUGAAUCAAACCUAUCCUUUCGGUCUCGACCCUACAUGGCAUGGUGCCGACAAUGCAUUGCUGUUCACCAAUUCAUACAAGAUGAAACAAGCUAUUAUUAUUGGUGUCGUACAUAUGACCUUUGCUAUCUGCUUGAACAUCUUCAACCAUAUCUAUUACGGUAACAAGAUGUUUGUCUGGCUUGAAUUCCUUCCUCAAAUCCUCUUCAUGGAGUCUAUCUUCGGCUACCUCAUUUGCCUGAUUCUUUACAAGUGGAGUGUCAACUGGUGGGAAUUGGAUGCUAGUGGCAACCACAUUCGAAACUCUCCACCUAGUUUGUUGAAUACGCUCAUUUACAUGUUCUUGCAACCGGGUUAUGUCGAUCCCAAGGACCAAUUGUUCCCUGGUCAAGGCCCACUUCAAAUGUUCUUGAUUCUUAUUGCCGUUGUCUGUGUCCCAUGGAUGCUGUUGGGCAAGCCUUACUAUUUGAAGGCGCGACAUAGCAAGCAUCAGUACGAAACUGUUGCUGGCGACGAAGAUGUUGCUUUCGAUCAUGAAGAAGAGCAGGAUGGCCACACCGCCGCUAACGAGCAUCAUGCCAUUGAUGAUGAAGAAGAGGAAGAGUUCGAGUUCAGCGAAGAGAUGAUCCAUCAAUCCAUUCACACCAUCGAGUUCUGCCUCAAUUGUAUAUCCAACACGGCUUCGUACCUUCGUCUUUGGGCUCUUUCCCUUGCCCACGCUCAAUUGUCCACUGUCCUUUGGGAAAUGACUCUUAAAAUUUGGUUUUAUUACACCGGCGCUUUGGCCGUUGUUGGACUUGUCUUUGGGUUUUCGCUUUGGUUCGUGUUGACCUGCGCAAUUCUUUUAGGUAUGGAAGGUCUUAGUGCUUUCUUGCACGCCCUUCGUUUGCAUUGGGUCGAAUUCGCUGGCAAACAUUAUCUCGGAGAUGGAUACAAGUUUGAGCCUUUCUCAUUUGCCCAAGCAUUGUCUACCCAAUAACUAAACAUUGUAGACAUCUGUUUUUCAUUUCAUUUCUUAUUUCUGCAAAAACCAUCACAAUAAAACGUUUGACUAUGUGAUUAUGUCAAAACAUGCGAGUAUUUAC